AUGGUGCACAUUGCUGGAGCCAAGACGGCACGGGCCAUGUGGGAGCAGCUCCGCACGGUCAAGGAACAGCGCGGACAGCAUGGGAUUCUCGAGCUGUGCCGGCACUUUUACUGGAUGCAGGCCAAAGAAGAGGACAAUACCCCCUGUCACAUCACACAGCUGCGACAGAUCCAGGAACAAUUCCAUCUAAUGGGGAAGGUUGUUUCUGACAAGGAUUUCCGGCUCAUCCUGGCCACUUCAUUACCGGAGAGCUGGGUUCUUUCCUCAGCUCUUACUUUGGCACCGAAGGCGCUGACAACGCACGAGCGUGGCGAGCGCGGUCAAUCCUUGGACCAAGCCAUGGUUGCCAAAGGAAAGAAGCGCCCCUUCGGGAAAUAG